AUGCUCAAUUUGGGGUCCCGCCUGCAUUCCAAGGGCUUCUCCAUUGUAAUAGCUCACACUCAAUUCAAUCAUUCCAAUCCAUCUGGUUUCCCCUGUUUCACCUUUGCGUCUGUACCCGACUGCUUGCCGAAGGCUGUCCUCACCUCUGGGGAUCCCGCAGCUGUUGUAGUGAGUCUCAACACCAGCUGUGGAGGACCUCUCUGUCAAGUAUUGUCGGAUAUGAUGGCAGAGGAUGGAGCAACCGAGAGUAAAAUCUCUUGCGUGAUUUACGACAUGCUGAUGCACUGUGCAGAAGCCGCAGCUCAUUAUAUGAAGCUUCCUAGCAUGGCUCUGCGCACUAGUAGACUAGUAGCGUCGGCACUCAGCUGGUUUUCUCCGAAUUGCCUUGGCUACAAAAGGAAGGUUAUUUUCUCUGGAAAAGAUCGCUCGUUGAAAGAUCCCGUUCCAGGCGCUUAUCCCUUGAGCUGCAAGGACUUGCCUCUUUUUCCUGGCGAUAUAGAACUAAUGAUGCAGUUAUCAGGUAGGGCGAACAGUCUCAAGACAUCUUCAGCCGUUCUUUGGAACACAGUGGACUGCCUUGAGAAACAGUUAUCGGACAAACUCCAGAAACAAUACCAAGUGCCGCUUUCCUCACUAGGCCCGUUGCACAAAGUUGCUCCGGCUUCACCAACCCGCAUGUUGGAGGAAGAAACCGAUUGCCUGUUGUGGCUUGAUAAGCAAGCUGACAAUUCAGUCAUAUACGUGAGCUUAGGAAGCUUGGCUUUGAUGGAGGCGGGAGAGUUUGCACAGAUGGCUUGGGGGCUGGCGAACAGCGGCCAGCCGUUCUCGUGGGUGGUCCAACCUGGCUCCGUUGGAGGCUCGGAAUGGGUCGAGCUGUUGCCAGAAGGGUUCCAAGAAGCCACCCGAGAAACAGGCUGCGUCGUGAGAUGGGCGCCGCAGAAGGAUGCUCUAGCACACCAUGCCGCGGGAGGCUUUUGGACCCAUGGCGGAUGGAAUUCGACUUUGGUAAGCGUUUCCGAAGGAGUCCCGAUGAUAUGCCGGCCAUGCUUCGGGAACCAGAACGUGAACGCGAGGUACCUGUGCUAUGUUCGGAGGGUGGGAUUUGAGCUGGAGGGCGAUCUAGACCAGACAGAGGUAGAGCAAGCAGUGAGGAGGCUGAUGAUGGAUGAGGAAGGGGAAGAGAUGAGGCGGAGAGCCGCGGCAUUUAAAGACCAGAUCGAGUUAAGCAUCAGGGAAGGCGGUUCUUCGCACACCGCAAUGGAGGAACUAGUGAAUUUGAUCAUUUCUCUCUGAUCUGAUGAUGGAUCAUCAAAC